AUGAUAUGUGACAACCGCAGAGGAACUGCACACAUGCAGGUGCUUGGGGGAAAGGCGUUACAAACCAGCGGGGCACUACUCAUUCCUCCUGCUGUGAUCCACUCUUGUACCAGGGGCCUGAUCAGGCCUGGGUCUGCCUCCUUCCUGAGGAGGCCAGAGAUCCCAUGUGAACAGCCUUCCUACAGCAGUGUCCCACUUCAGGUGGCCGGGCGGGAGUUCCAGACCAGUGUGGUCUCCCAGGACACUGACACAGCGGCCACCACAGUUGGUGUGCUUGGUUCAGGGGCCGGUACUGGAAGAGCGUUUGGCAGCUUGAUCACUGGCUAUGCCAAGAACCCGUCUCUGAAGCAGCAGCUCUUCUCCUAUGCCAUUCUGGGCUUUGCCCUAUCUGAGGCUAUGUGGCUCUUCUAUCUGAUGGUCGUCUUCCUCAUCAAUUUCGCCAUGUGA